AUGAGACAGAAUACUGACGGUUGGAUCCAGAGUCAGUCACGUGCAGUCGCAUGCAGCCGUUAGAACACGAACAGCUCACUGUUCAACGGUUCUUUAUGAGACCGAGAGAGUCCUCUUUGAAGAUCCAGUUCUACAGAUAAAACUAUGGAUGCCGGUGAAAAUCCACUUCAUGACAGUAUCAACCCUAAAACAUUUCCUGCUAAACUGUGGCGUUUGGUGAACAGCCCGGCUAUCGAGGCCAUCCGCUGGGACAGUCUCAGAGAGGUGAUCGUCAUUGAUCAACAGCGCUUCGAGAGACAGGUGUUUUCUCCGGGCAGUAUGUCCCCCAACAGCCCCAACGCCUUCAAAACGACCAACUUCUCAAGCUUUGUCCGUCAGCUCAAUCUGUACGGGUUCAAGAAAGUCAAGCAAGAUGUUAACCUGCCUAAUUUGGGCAACUCGACUUUUCAUUAUUAUUACAACGCAAACUUCAAGCGCAGCCACCCUGAACUUGUUGCGAGACUGAGGAGGUUCACCGUGGACAAUAAGGCCAAACUCCAGGCUGGUCUGUACGUGGACUGUCGACCUCCUCCUGGUAGAUAUCAGCGUGUGAGUGGGAGCGAAGAUAGCAGAGAAGGCCCUUCACUGCCCGAGACAUCAGCAAUCAACUGAUCCUUACUAUCCAGGUGAUACCCAGACCGUGAAAGCCCUCAAUGGAACCCCAGUCCCACCGCGAUACCUGAUGUGGGGUCUUGGUGCAGCUUUUUCUCCUAGUAACAUAGACAAAGCAGCAUUUGUAGACCACCCCUAUGCUGGGGUUACCACUCGCCCAAAUGCUGUGAGCACGCAGCGGGGUUUACUGCCCCGUGCAAACCAAGAAAAUCCAAAUUUCAUUGGUUAUAAUCCUCAUAUUGCCCCAUAUCAGCCUGACUUCUAUUCUCCAGGUGAGCAUGGCAUCAUUAGAGGUGGAACAAGGGAGAAACUACAGUUGUUAUAUAUCAUUACCUUAGACAUACGUGAGAAGACAUAACUACCAUGGCAAGAAUGUGUUUGUAUUGUACUAAAAUGUUUUCACAAUCAUUUAUAUGUUUAAUCAUGUAAUAAUCAUUUAUUAUUAAUCAACAUUAUUUAUGAAAUUCGAAGCAAAAAAAAUGCUUUUCACUUCAACAGGAGCCCAAACCCUUUAAUUAAUUUUCCAAAUAUUAUAUGUUGUCCUUCCUGAAGUUUUCCAUUGCUACUAUCCGAACCCUGUGGGACCGAAUAUGUCAGGUGGUGGCCUUCAGAGGGGGAUGCUUUCCCCUCAAGGUUAUAAUCAGGUAGGGGAUUUUUAGUUUAUUCACUCAGAUGACGUGAUGCAAACUCCACGCACUAACUGCCUGGUUAAAGUUAAAAUCCCAGAGAAGCCAGUCUCUGAGUUAGAGCCCUCCUCCAACACCUGUAACACCAAAAACAGUGACAACAACUUGAAAGUAAUUCCUCUCAGUGCUGAACCCAUUCUAAUGGCUAUGUCAAACUAUUCUCAUCUAACUACAUACAAACAGGAGGAGCAGUCUUUGGUUUCAAUUCCUGAGCAGAUGCCUAAUGAUGUUAUCUUUGAGGUAAGCAUAUUCAGGUUAGAUUUCCUGAAGGCAUUAGGCUGUAUCUUUAAUUAAAUAGAGAAGGUUUACCAGGAAAGAUUUGCAAAUAGAAAUAUUCCCAUUAGCAUUAAAAGCAUUGUAUUUUAUGUCUACAUAGUAGGAGUAAGUGUAAUUAUAUGUUAAUUAUACUAUAGGAGAAACUUUUUGUUCUCUGCGAUUAGGCGGCAGAAAUAUCUGUACAUAUCAGCAUUUGCAAUCAGCUAAAAACAUUUGGCAAAUAUCCAAUACUGUAUUGUGCAUCCCUGCUUGACAGGCUAUGUAAUGUAUAUAGCCAAACAGAAGCCGUGUACUUGAUUUUCUGUGGUUUUCCUCUGUGUUUUGAUCAUGCAAAGGAGGCUGAGGUUGUAAGUGUUGAGGUUAGCACAGAUGCAGUCAGAGAUACCAGGCAUGAUCAGAACAGCAGCAACACAGGAAGAGCGGCAGAGCUUUAGGUAAGAUGUGGUUGAAUGUUUAAAGUUGGAGUCUGGUUGUGGAAGUUGUUGACAUUUAGCUAGUUAGUAUAUUUAGGCAGUUAUGAUGUGACAGGUGUACUCUUCCUUGGACCCAAUGCCCCCCUCCUCAUUGUGAUGACUUCUCUAACAGCUUGUUGUCUUUCUUGUUUUUCGAUCUCAAGUGGUUUAUUUCAUUGCCAUAUGACAGGGAGUCUUGGUCCACCCCAGGAUGUGAUCUUGAAUUCUCAUAAUGAUCAGAUAUCAUUUUUCACUUUAGUAAUUCUUUAUUAUUUGUUGACGUUAUUAAUUUAAACCUUACUUUCAAAGCUGUGCCAAAUUAGUUGAACAUCAUAGAGUUUUACUUAGUUUUAUUGUUAUUUAUUAUCAUUAAUUUUGAAAAACUGUAUUUUGUUUCUGUAAGAUUUUGAAUUGCUUGUACCACAAUAUGUUAAAAAAUGUAUGAUAGGCUUAGGCUUUAAAGAAAAUUUUUGAGCAAUGUAAAGUUUGUGCAUAAUAUAUUUAAUAAGCACAUAUUUUACAGUUUGUUUCAGAACAAAGUGCCGUGUAAGGAAGACACCAUCUUUUAACUAGAGAAAAUACUGAAAUAUUUAAAAAUGUCAGUUCUUUAUGCACUAUGGAUUAUUUUCUUUAUUGUAAGACUGACAGGCUGCGGUAUUUUCUCCACCUUUUUUCCCACUGCAUUUCCUUAUGGGUGUGUUAUUUUUAACUAGCAAGUUUAACGGGCAGUUGUGCAAAGCAUCAAUAAAAUGGACUACAGUUUGCAGCUG